UACAUAAAUAAUACUUCUUGAGUUCACCAUUUUCUCACGUAAAUCUCCACCAAACAACCCUACCCCCCACCCCACAAAAUUUCCAUACAAAAAAAUAUAUUGAACAUUAGUCCCCAUUACCUCAAAGAACCAAAAAAAAAAAAAUGAAAGUUUGUAUUAAAAAAAAUUCUCUUCAUCAUGUUCUUCUUGUUUACUGUAUGAUAAUUAUAUUCUUCGUUCACCAAUCAAACGCUUCGUCGAUACAAUCUUUCGUUUACGGUGGAUGUACACAACAAAAAUAUAAUCCGGGCACGGUUUACGAGUCGAACGUCAACUCGCUACUCAGUUCCUUAGUCAACUCAGCAUCAAUGUCAAAUUUCAACAAUUUCAAGAUAUCCAUGCCCGGUUCGACCCAGUACGACGUGGCGUACGGUCUUUUCCAGUGCCGCGGCGACUUAAGCAGUACUGACUGUCAUAACUGUGUCGCCGCGGCACUGACUCAGCUUGGAACGCUCUGCCCCGUCUCGUGUGGCGGAGCGUUACAGCUGGAUGGAUGUUUUAUAAAGUACGAUAAUGUUUCAUUUCUUGGGAUUGAAGACAAAGCAAUUGUCAUGCAUAAAUGUGGACCAUCCAUUAUGGAUGAUUCGGAUAUGAUGACCCGAAACGACGGCGUUUUGACGUAUUUAUCAUCUGUGGGUCAAUAUUUUCGGGUUGCCGGGUCAGGGAAAAUACACGGUGUAGCGCAGUGUACGCAAGAUUUGAGUAUGAGUGAGUGUGAUGAUUGUUUAUCGGAGGCGAUCAGACGGUUGAAAAGCGAGUGUGGGUCCUCACCUUGGGGAGAUAUGUUUUUAUCAAAAUGCUACGCGCGGUUCUCGGAGCGUGGAUUCACGUCUAAAAGCGGAGAUGAAGAUGUUGAAAAGACACUAGCAAUUACAAUUGGGCUCAUAGCUGGUGUGGCACUCCUCAUUGUAUUCCUUUCUGUUCUAAAUAAGCUUUGUGAAAAGAAAGGUGGUAAAUAAAUAAGGCAUGCACAUCUAAUUGGUCCUUGUGAAUAACUUUCUUUUCCAUUGCUUCUCACUUGGGUAAUUAAAUUGCUUUUUUUUUUUAAUUUGGUGCUCUUUAGCUUUUGUAAAUUAGUUCCCACUUUAUUUUCAAGUUUCCCUUCCUAUAUCUUUCAACAACAACAAAAGACUCAAAAGAUUAGCUAAAAGGUGAUUGGCCUCAUCUUGCAAUAAUAGUAGCUAGUGGCAAUGGCUCUUUUGUAAAAGUGCUCACUUUAUGUUGUGAAUUAAGCAAUUUGUUAAACCCUCCUUUUCAUGCAAGCAACACUUUAUAUUUCAAUUAUAGUAUUCCUUGCUUUUA